AUGCGCUGGUACGCUUCUAUUAAACCCUUGCUGCAUUUGCCUGGUUUUAGUGGGUACCCGGUGUGGCGUAGACUGGUUCUUGCCGAAGUGAAAAAGGUAUUGCGUGUUCCCUCCUUCGUGGAUUUUUCAAACUCACCGUCAUCGACUAAGAAUAAUCUUUUGAGAGCCACGAUGCAAGUCGAAAUCCGUGGAUCAGAAUACACGGAAAAUUUCCGAAUAUUUUUCAAAAAUGAUGAAGGACGGUACAUCUCUCCGAUGCAUGAUAUUCCAUUGUUUGCGAAUGUCGAGAAAAACAUUUUGAAUAUGGUUGUCGAAAUUCCUCGCUGGACAAAUGCUAAAAUGGAGAUUGCAACGAAGGAUCCGCUGAACCCCAUUAAACAAGAUUCGAAAAAUGGGAAGCUCAGGUUUGUUCAUAACUGUUUCCCGCAUCAUGGUUAUAUAUGGAAUUAUGGAGCUCUACCGCAGACUUGGGAGAAUCCGCAUGUGACGGAUCCUCACACCGGCGCCAAAGGGGAUAAUGAUCCACUAGAUGUUGUGGAGAUCGGUUCAAGAGUUGCCAAACGGGGUGAAGUGAUCGAGGUUAAAGUUAUUGGAAUCCUGGCUAUGUUGGAUGAUGGUGAAACGGACUGGAAAGUGAUUGCUAUCGACGUCAGGGAUCCAGUUGCCGAGCAAAUCAACGAUAUGAAAGACUUGGAGAGAUUAAUGCCGGGUUACUUCAGUGCUACUGUGGAGUGGUUCCGAAUUUAUAAGAUGCCAGCAGGUUCUCCGCCAAACGAAUUCGCAUUUGAUGGUGACGCUAAGGAUCAAACGUUCGCCCUGCGGAUUAUCGAAGAGACCCACAACGAGUGGAAGAAAUUGAUGAAUGGAACGACAAAUAAAGGAAAGCUUGAACUGACGUGUACGUCUUCUGAUGCCGGAGGUGUGAAAGUGGACGAUGAUGCAGCUGUCGGUAUUGUUAGUGCAUUUGGUCCUGCCGAAGGAAAGGGUGAAAUUCCGGAAGAAGGUGAAGCAUUUACCGAACUUCAAGUGAAGAUGGCUGAUACAAAUGCGAAAAUGGCUUUGGCAAAUCACCAGACUGAAAAUCUCCGCAGAGUUGUUCAACGCUCAGUUCUUACUGACAACGAAAUGGAGAAUCUCCCGGUGGAUACAAAGGUGUACGAGCCAGUGGGACGAGUUUUCGCCAUGACGAGUAUACCUGCUGUGAGAGGCUCACUCAAAGUGAAAGAAGAUGAAGCAUUGGAAAAAAUCAAGGCAUUAGAAGAACAGAAAGCACUGUUCAGCAACAGCCUAAAAGACGCAGAAGCCAAGCUUCGCGCUUUGCUUUCUUUUAAGCUAUUUCAGAGACGUAAAUUCCAAUACGUCAUGUCCGAAUACCCGGAAGCUGAAGUUAACCAGCUCCUGGACAUGGGGUUUUCUUUGGAGCUUGUAAAAUUUUCGUUGAAUGCGAACAGUCGAAACGUGAACGACGCUGUGGAAUGGCUUUUGGUGCAUGGGGAGGAUGCCGAACGGUCCAUGUUGGAGUCGAUGUCGACAGGCAAUGCUUCUGCCGAGGAAGAAAAUAAGCCAGCGGAAUCUGAGGAAAAAGGCGUCGACGAUGAAGGCAAAUCUUUAGCGAAAAGCCUCAAGUGUCUCGAUUGCAACACGUUGUUCUCGAAUGUUGAUGAAGCGGAGAUCCACGCCUCUAAAACUAAACACGUCAAUUUUUCUGAAUCAACGGAGGAAAAGAAACAUUUGACGGAAGAGGAGAAAAAAGAUCGUAUUUUGAAACUUCAAGAAAGACUGAAACUGCGUCGUUUGGAGCGUGAACAGCAAGAAAAAGAUGCGGCUAUCAUGAAGGAAAAAAAUCGUAUCAAAACUGGGAAGGAGAUCGCCGAGAUGCGUCGCAAACACGAGGAGCAGGAGAUGAAAAAAAUCGCUGAAGAACGUAGGCGCGAAAAAUUAGAGGAAAAACAGGCAAGACAGCGUGUGUUGGAACAAAUCGCGAAGGAUAGAGCUGAAAAAGCACAGAAAUUGGACAAUGUGAUCCCGAAAAUGCCAUCUACGCCUGAGCCGGCAGCUGGCACGUCUUCAUCCGAGGGAAAAAAAUCUUACGAUAAAACUACGCUUCAGCUUCGCUUACCGAAUGGAUCUACCCUUACCGGGACGUUUGGGGCGAAGGAAACUCUCGCGUCUGUACGUUUGUUUGUCGCAAAUUCAACGGGCAACUUCCGCGAUCCUACCAAAAUAGGGUUGAUGACGAAUUUUCCGAAGCGAGUUUUUUCUUCCGAGGAUUCAGAUGCCCCACUUUAUUCCCUUGACUUGGUGCCUUCGGCCGUGCUGUACGUCAAGUUCCUUGAAAUUUCCGUUGAUGCGGGCAUCUGAUUAUUCCUUUCGACGUUUCGUUUUGAUGGCUUUUUGGGUCUUAUGUUUGAGUUAAAGUGUGUAAAUUUUGUUUGAAGCCCCGUUUGUGCUUCUUUCAGUGGUCGAUUACAUCUCAAAUUUUUGCUCGUGCGGGUCGCAGUAGAUCCAUU